AGAAGUCCCAAAAAUAUUUAAUUUAAAUACAGCCGGCAAAUCAUUUUCUUUUCUUCACUACAAAUUUCGGUUGCCCUUUCCCUUUGAGAAAUUCCGGUGAUAAUCCCUUUUUCCAGCUUCCGGUGAUUGCUGCUCGAAGUCGUUUUCCGGGGAACGAAAAUGGGGCAGGAUAAAUUGUUGGUGAUCACGGAUCAAGUAGCUGUGUCGAUAUCCGCAGUUUCCGAUGCUAUUAAGAAGCUAAGGAAGGAAGAUGUUGUAAAGCUGGAUCCUCUAAUCAUCACUCAAGCUACCUCAGACAGUUUAACGUCACUGGAAUCUUCAUCUAUAGAUGAUGUUGUUUCUCUCUGUAAAACAUUGGAGUUUCCCAGUGAUCAGUUGCUCAGAAAUAUCUCAAGAGUUUUAAAACCUGCUGGAGCUGUCCUUUUUUAUUUGGCUUCUCAAACUGCUGGGGAACAAAUGAAAAACGCUUCUCUUGAACGCGAGUUGUUUCUGGCUGGAUUCCUGGACAUACAUAGGGAGUCUUUUGGGGUAAAGUGUAAGAAGCCUUCAUGGAAGAUUGGAUCUUCUUUUGCGCUAAAAAAGACUUCCCAAGUUCUACCAAAAGUUCAGAUUAAUGAUGAUGAGGAUUUGAUUGAUGAGGAUAGCCUCCUUACUGAAGAGGAUUUGAAAAAACCCCAACUGCCCUCUGGUGAUUGUGAAGUUGGCAUCACGAGGAAAGCUUGCAAAAAUUGCAGUUGUGGAAGAGCUGAAGAGGAGGAAAAAGUGAAGCUUGGACUUACUAUGGACCAGAUUAACAAUCCCGAGUCUGCUUGUGGAAAUUGUGGUCUUGGUGAUGCUUUUCGGUGUUCUACAUGCCCUUACAAAGGUCUUCCAAAAUUCAAGCUUGGCGAGAAGGUAUGUGCUGCACCAUCUCUUGAAAAUAUUCCUGCUUUUCUGUGUGGCUUUUUGGUGAUGUUCCACUUAACAAACUUGUCAUAAAUCUGUGUAUGACACAAUAAAGCUUUAAGUGAUGCUGGGUUAUCGACCUUUUUUGGCAGGUUGCGUUAUCUGGAAACUUCCUCGCUUCCGACAUUUAAAUGAGGAUCCACGUUGGUAUACAAGUACUUUUGGUUCCUUACUAAUUGGUCAUGUGAUUGUGUACUGUGGAUUAGGUUGAACAAACUGGUGGUCUUGUUUGUGUCAAAUCGCUGUGCUAUUCUUUUUCGGUAUUAGCACCUGAAAAGAAAUUAUUUCUUGAAUAUUCUUUAAUGGAGAUGGGAUAGUAUAUGGUGCAUUAUCUCUCGUCGCUUCUUAUCAGACUUACAGUAGUUUGUAAUUAAACAAGUUUUGUCCAUGACCACUUAUGAUGUCAUCAAUUUUUAUCAGUGGGAUUUUUAGCUA